GUACAACAGGUACUUGCGUGCUCAUGACAAAUGAGCCAAUUGAAAAACACCGGCGGUUGCAUAGAGAGAGAGAGAGAGAGAGAGAGAAGGAAGGACCAAUGGAAAGACACAGGCGGUUGCAGAGAGAGAGAGAGAGAGAGAGAGAGAGAGUGGAGUAGGAGUCAGUGACUCUAGAGCAUAUAAAUAAUUCUCCAAAGGGUGGCCUGUGAAAGGUCUGCAAGGACAAGAUUUUCUGGACCUAUGGGCCAAGUCUCAAAAACCUGCUGAAGUUGUUCACGGCAGAGGGUUGCUUGUGAGGAGAGAGAGAUGAGCACGGUUUGAGCUUCCGAAAGUUGUUGGCAUGGCGAGUCAGAGACUUGGAGAAACUGGUUUAUCAGAAGCAGGACCUUCAAGUCGUCAUCACCAUCACCAUGUUCCUUAUCCAGUUCUUGGAAUUAAUGCUUCUUCCUCCAGUUUCAGCAAUCAAGAAGGAGCAGCUUUUGAUUUCGGAGAGCUAGAACAAGCAAUGGUUCUGCAAGAAGUCAAUAUCCGAAAUCAUGAAGAUCAUAAAGCCACUUUUCACUCAUCAGGCAGGCCUUCAGCUACUCUGGAAAUGUUCCCUGCAUGGCCAAUGAGAUUCCAGCAGACCCCAAGAGGAAGUUCAAGGUCAGGAGAAGGAGAGAGCAGCGGCGACUCAGAAUGGUCGGGUGCGAACAACCUCGGCCCGACACCGCUUACUUCGAGCAAAACUGAGGCGCAGCUUGAACUAGAGUCGCCCAUCAGUAACAAGGCUUCUUCUUCUUCUUCCUCAGCUCAUCAGCAAAGGCCACAGCAGCAAGAAAUGGCGAGUGUCGUCUCCCAAGAUCCACCUGCUGCUUCGCGAUCGCCCCAAGACAAUAGCAAGAAGAAAGGAUCAGCUGGUCCGACCUCCGAGAAAAAUCUGGAUGCCAAGACAUUGAGACGUUUAGCUCAAAAUAGGGAAGCAGCAAGGAAAAGUCGUCUGAGGAAAAAGGCUUAUGUACAGCAGCUUGAAUCAAGCAGGAUUAAGCUUACUCAAUUAGAGCAAGAGGUUCAGCGCACACGAUCGCACGGCUUGCUUUUGGGCGCUUAUGGCGGCGCUGGCGGAGACGUCAGCUCUGGGGCUGCGGCAUUCGAUUUGGAAUAUGCAAGGUGGUUGGACAAUGAUCACCGGCACAUGUCGGAGCUCCGGACCGCAUUGAAUGCGCAUUUGUCGGACAGCGAUCUGAGGAUGAUCGUGGAUGGUUACAUUUCCCACUACGACGAGAUUUUCAGGCUCAAGGGGGUCGCCGCCCGAACCGAUGUCUUCCACCUCCUCACCGGCAUGUGGAGUUCUUCCGCCGAGCGCUGCUUCUUCUGGAUGGGUGGGUUCCGGCCCUCCGAUCUCAUCAAGAUGUUGAGACCCCAUUUAGACCCAUUGACGGAACAACAGCUGAUGGGGAUCUACGGCCUCCAGCAAUCGUCGCAACAGGCGGAGGAGGCGCUCUCGCAAGGCCUCGAGCAGCUCCAACAUUCGCUUGUCGACACCGUGGCCGGCGGGCCCCUUGUCGAGAGCAUGCAACUGAUGGUUGUCGCCCUUGGCAAGCUCUCCAACCUCGAAAGCUUCGUUCUCCAGGCUGACAACUUGAGGCAGCAAACCCUUCAUCAGUUGUGGCGGAUAUUGACGGUAAGGCAGGCGACCCGUUGUUUCUUGAUGAUCGGAGAGUACUACGGCCGGUUACGAGCCUUAAGUUCGCUAUGGGCGUCUCGUCCACGAGAGAACUCGAUCAAUGACGACGGGUCGUGCCAAACGACGACGGAUCUGCAAGUGUUUCAAUCUGCUCAAAAUCACUUCCCUCCUUUUGGAUAGCCUACAGCUUAUUAGGAGGAAAACAAUAUGGUGGUUCUUCCUUAUUUAUUUUCUUUUGAAGUUCUUUUUUUU